GCUUCAGAAAACGAUAACUGAGGAGCUUCUCCGUCACACUCAGCAGUCUCUCCCUUUGGCUGCUUUCAUUCUUUGACGCACCUCACUCUUCCAGCUAUCUAAGGCGACUUGCUUAUAUGAUCGUUGAGGGAUAUGGCAUCUUCUCUUCUCAGAAGGAUGUUGUUGGGUCCUCGCCUCAUUCAUUCUUCGAGGCCCCAAAUACUCACUUCUUUCUUAAAUAAGAGCUCAUUUCAAUCACAAGCUGUUCCAGCCUAUACUUCUCAAAAAACAAGGAUAACUGGGUGGUCUCAUUUUGUCAUGGCUUCCUCCCCCAUUGGAACACGAGCUUCUUAUUCAACAGUGUCUGUAUCUACGGAUGAUCCUGUUGUUUCCGUGGAUUGGCUCUAUGCUAAUCUUAAGAAGCCUGAUUUGAAGGUAUUGGAUGCCUCCUGGUACAUGCCAGAUGAGCAGAGGAACCCAUUUCAAGAAUAUCAGGUUGCUCACAUUCCUGGGGCCCUUUUCUUUGAUGUAGAUGGAAUAUCGGAUCGAACUUCAAAUCUACCGCACAUGUUGCCAUCAGAAGAAGCU